AGAGAUUGCAUCAUCAUUAAUUCAUUAUUCAUCAAACCGUAAUCCCUCCUUUUCCCUUUCCAAUUAAUCUGCCAUGGACACUGCAUCUUUUUUGUAUUUGCGGUGGCGCCACUGGCAAUGGCACCAUCACCAAGCUAACAACAGCAACUCAACUCUCUGGCAGGACGCUGUUUUCUACAUACUCUGCGCUGCUUAUGCUCUCGUCUCCUCCCUCGCCCUCAUUCAAUUGGUAAGAAUUGAACUCAGAGUUCCUCAAUAUGGCUGGACUACCCAAAAGAUUUUCCAUCUUAUGAACUUCAUUGUCAACGGAGUUCGCGCACUCGUCUUUGGAUUACACAAGCUGGUUUUCCUUUUGCGUCCCAAGGUAUUGGUUUUGGUGCUGUUAGAUCUGCCGGGCCUACUGUUCUUCUCUACCUAUACACUUCUUGUUCUUUUCUGGGCAGAAAUUUAUCACCAGGCAAGGAGCUUACCUACCGAUAAGCUCAAGAUAGUUUAUAUUUCAAUAAAUGGUGCCUUGUAUUUUAUUCAGGUUUGUAUUUGGAUAUACCUUUGGAUAGAUGACAACACUGUUGUGAUAUUCAUCGGAAAGAUAUUUAUUGCAGUUGUGUCAUUUAUGGCUGCAUUAGGCUUCUUGCUAUAUGGAGGAAGAUUAUUUAUCAUGCUGAAGCAUUUCCCUAUCGAAUCUAGAGGGAGAAGGAAGAAACUUCAUGAGGUUGGAUCUGUCACAGCCAUUUGUUUCACCUGUUUUCUGAUAAGAUGUGUUAUGGGUUUUCUAUCUGCAUUCGAUUCAGAUGCAUCUCUUGAUGUUUUCUAUCAUCCUCUUUUGGACUUGAUCUACUACUUGGUGGUUGAGGUGCUACCUUCAGCUUUAGUCCUCUACAUACUGCGCAAAUUGCCACCAAGGAGGAUAUCAGCUCAGUAUCAUCCUAUUCAGUAAUGGUAUAAGAGUUAAGACACUUGUGAGAUUCAGCUUCAUCAGGAGAAGGAUAAGUCUCAUUGUUGUGGUUCAGGCCAAUCACAAAUUUUUAAUGUAGAGAGUAGAGUGGAAGUUUUAUAGUAUAUG